AUGGACGGUCCAGAUCAAAUCGGCCCCGAUCACACACCAAAGCGCACUUUCUCGGACGGAAUCCGCUAUGUGGUGAAGACAUUCACAACUCGUGAGGGCCUACUAGGCGACUACGACUACGGCUACCUCUUCAUACCCCGUCUCCCGUUCACCAAACGAGCCCGAAAAACGGCCCCAUUUUUCGGACUUGACGACCGCGUUCCAGUUGUCCUGGCUCUUAUCCUCGGUCUGCAACAUGCUCUUGCCAUGUUAGCUGGCGUCAUCUCGCCACCAAUUCUACUAGGCGGAUCCGCGGGCGCCAACUUCGGCGAUGAACUAUACCAAUAUCUCGUUUCGACUUCGUUGAUUGUUUCCGGUCUUUUGAGCGCCAUCCAGAUGUUCAGAUUCCACGUCAAAGGAACCAAAUACUAUAUCGGCACUGGAUUACUUUCCGUCGUCGGAACUUCGUUUUCCACCAUCACCGUCGCACAGGGUGCCUUCACGCAGAUGUACAAAUCAGGCUACUGCCCCACUCUCGAGGACGGUACCAAACUACCCUGCCCGAAAGGAUAUGGCGCGUUACUUGGUACUUCAUGUCUUUGUUCCCUGCUUGAGAUUGGAAUGAGUUUCAUGAGCUCGCGCAUUUUGGCAAAGGUCUUCCCACCGCUCGUUACCGGUCCUACGGUUUUGUUGAUCGGAGCUUCGCUCGUCAAGUCCGCUAUGCAAGAUUGGGCAGGUGGCUCCGGCUGCGGGACUGAUCCCUCUGCCAGAGCCAUGUGCCCCAGUGCCGAUGCGCCCCAUGCUUUGCCUUGGGGGAGUCCCGAAUUCAUCGGUCUUGGAUUCCUGGUCUUUGUCACGAUCAUUCUGUGCGAGCGAUGGGGUCCACCAAUUUUGAAGAGUUGCUCCGUUAUCGUCGGUCUGCUUGUCGGUUCAAUUGUUGCUGCUGCAUGCAAUUACUUUGAGUCCUCCGGUAUUGCAGCUGCACCUGUUGCGUCUUUCGCUUGGGUGCAUACCUUCCCAUUGUCUGUGUAUCCGCCACUCAUCCUCCCGCUUCUCGCACUAUAUAUUGUCAUUAUGAUGGAGUCCAUCGGUGAUAUCACGGCCACUUGUGAUGUUUCACGCCUGCAGGUCGAGGGCGCCACUUUCGACUCUCGCAUCCAGGGCGGUGUUCUUGGCAACGGGUUGACAUGUCUAUUGGCUGGAUUAAUGACGAUUAGUCCGAUGUCCGUGUUUGCGCAAAACAACGGUGUUAUCGCCUUGACGAAGUGCGCAAACCGCACAGCUGGAUACUGCUGUUGCUUGUUCCUCGUGAUUAUGGGAAUUUUCUCCAAGUUCGCUGCUGCGCUAGUUGCAAUUCCCAGCUCCGUUCUGGGAGGUAUGACGGCAUUCUUGUUCAGCUCUGUGGCUGUCAGUGGACUGCGUAUCAUUGGUGCUGUUGAGUUCACGCGCCGCAACCGAUUCAUUCUCACUGCAAGUUUCUCUAUCGGCAUGGGUGUUACCCUUGUUCCGGAGUGGUUUGGAUAUUUCUUCACCUACGAGGGUGAUAACCAUGCGCUAGAGGGACUGAUCAAUGCUGUCAACUUGGUGAUGGAAAAUGGGUUCGCGAUCUGCGCUCUUCUUGGUAUCUUCUUGAACCUCUUUAUUCCCGAUGAACCAGAUGACCUGCCUGCCGUGUUUGAGUCUACAGGCUCGGAGGAUGGUCGUGUUCAAGUCCAGGUUGCUACCGAGCAGUCUGGAAAGAUGGAACCGAGCUCUAGCUGA